CAGAUAAUUCUUCUUAUUAUCUUUUAUUAGCUAUAUAUUCCAGUAUGCUUUGAAUUAUCUUCAAGAGAGUGAUAAUGAGCACCGAACAGUCCUGAUAAUAACAGAUACCAAGGCUCAUCUCAAAGAAUGGAUGCUUCAUGAACAAAAACUCUAUGCUCCACCUGAACAUGAAACAAAGCAAAAAACAAAAAACGGUCCAUUACAACAAACAUCAGACGCCAUAACAACAACAACAGCAACAGGAACAAAUUCAGGCGUAGAUGAAUCAAUUAAUAAGAUAAGCAAUGAUCAUGCCGGACCGUGGCAGCAUUUAUUUCCUUCAGGCCCUGGGCCAGACGGAUACGAUGAGUUUAUAUCUGCAACCCAAUCCCAGCUACAAACCCAACAAGGAUCAUUAGGCUCCCAGAUACAGUUGGCUCAAAUGCUGCCUUCAUUGUUACCAGAAAUCAUCGAAGAAGCAGAGGAUGAGGGAAUAGAAGGAGAAGAAGGAAGAGCAGAAUCAAGGAGCCAACCCAUGUCUAUUUCUGGAAGCAGUCUUGAAUACAAAACCAAUACUGUUAACCUCGAUGAUGACGAUAGUAAGGAUGACGAUAAAGAUGAUAAUAAUAGCGACAAUAAUGCCAAUGUCAAUGAGGAGCCAUUUCGAGCAGAUCUAUGGUCAAGAAUCCAGAUUCGAUAUGUGCCUACGCUUGCUCAUCUUCAGUCCUUCUUUCGAUGCAUACACCUCGACCCAGAAGAUACACAAGAUAAAACGUUUGGGUACCAUCAUCAACAUAAAUGGGUAACGGAUAAAGGCAUUAGUCCGACUUUGGACGAGGAUGAGGAUCAUCAUCAUAGGCAGGAAAGGGUGAAGCGGUGGGAGAAGCACAAUGACAAUAGGAACGACGAUAAGAACAACUAUAAUAAUAAUAAUAGUAAUGAUAAUCAUUUUAACAGCGGCAGCGGAGAGACUAUUGAACCUUCGAUCCCAACUCUAAUCAUAUUAAUUGGAUGUUUCAGUGGUCAUUUUUAUAAAAGUGUUAAUCCUGAAGGCCAGACACGAGUAGCCACUUCAUCGUUAUGUGCCUUACCCUCACCAUACAAUUAUAGAGGUGAAUUAACUGAGAUCCCAACAGUAGGAACUGCAGCAACAGCUCACAGCGCACAACAACAGCAGCCGCAGCCAGAAACAUUUCAAACAUUCCCGUCCGCUAUAUCAAUGACGAGCCAUACCAACGAUGAAGAUCGUGAACGUGUUCAAUAUAUUAAAAUGGCUAACCAGGCAUUGAGCGAAAUCAAGGACAGCCUCGAGUGGAUUCAACGCGCCUCUGGACAAAAUCCAGAACUCUUGAUUUUUGAAGAGAAUCGAAUAUCAUCACCAGCAAGCAUCAAUAAUCCACCUGCCAAUCCUCAGCCGCUACCUUCUGAACGUGAACUUUGGCUUCAACAAAUUGUUGGGUUUUGGACAGAUUGCUUCAUAGUGGCUGAAGUACAAGAUCCAGCACUAGAAGUGGAGCAACAGCAGCAUCCGUCAACUGGUUAUUAUAGUCAGGAGCUACCUAAUAGAGGGGACACAGCCAUAUCUGAUAAAGUCGCUACGAUUAAGUCUAAGGAUUGUAUGCGUCUCUGGAUCAAAACUCGACAGAGCAUCAGAGCCAUUCUUUCUAACGGAAUAGAAGGAAUAAUAGAACGAUUAAGAGAUCUGGACGAGACCCCAAAAGCAUCAGCACCAGCAGCUUCCUCUAUCGGAGCUAUUGUCGGAUUAGAUUGGGAGAUUGAUCAAACAGCUACACGAUGUCGCUUUCAGUUGCUGACAUGAUAUAUUUUUUUAUUAUAUUUUUGUCCGCAAAGUUAAAUGCCUUACAGCUUACAGCUGGAUGAAUAUGUGCAAAAAUAGAGUGGGGGACUAGGGUAGUGAUUUGAAAAGAAAAGAAAAGAAGAAAAAAUAGCUCUACCAAGAAAGCACUUAAUCUUCUCAAUGUUUAAAUACCCUCUCUUUUUAAUUGGCGGCAAUGACCUCGAGAUAGGCCUUGCGGUGUGGGUUUUCAUCACAUGGACCUAAAACAACAACCAAUCCCCGUGAUAUAUAG